AUGAGCCCAGCAGAGCCGACGGACGACAUUCGUCCUAUCAAACCGGAAACACCCAGUCUAGUUGGACGUGGAGAGCUUGUGAGUUCCCUUGCCAAAGUUGCAGCUAUGUUGUAUUACCAAGGACCCAUUGGCGUUGAUAUCGACAGAGUCUGCCAACUUGUCAAAUCUGCUGCCAAAGACAUCCAAGAUCACGCUUUUCAUCUUCGGGAAGAUCCUGGUUACUUUGAGGAUGCCUAUGACGAUGUUGUAAGCCAUGACGUGUUCAUGGUGCCACACGAACAUGUCAGAAAACACCCAGCACUGGAAGAACAAGAUUUUGUGAGACUCAUCCUGAACGUCCUUGCUGAAUGCACCUUCCGAUCGAUGAUCCAGCCCUGGUACACUGAGUCGGUAUACUAUCUGGAAUUAGAACCAGCACACUAUAAAGCCAGUCUCAUGGGGUCAUUUCAAGGCUGGGGAAAGGUCUUCCAAACUAAGAACGGGCUCAUCACGGAUACAGACUUGGGAGAUCCCAAAGACGAGAAGUUCCUUUACCCUUCCGAAAGGAGCGCUGCCAGAAAGCCAGUGCGACAAGCCCUAUGUAAAGCUGAGAGACAUCUAGACAAAUUCUGGGCCAUGGUGGACAGCAAUAUCACAAAACUUUGCCACCGGCCUCAGAGGAGAGCACUUAAUCACAUAUUCCAUGAAGGAGGUGCAAUCAGACGGACCAAGACAUGGCAUGAGAAGUUCCCAAGGGUGAACCAGUCAGAGCGACCAGAAGAUAUAUUCCAGUUCCAGCCAGCUUCAAAAAUCUUCCAUGACUCAUCUAAAGACGUCACUGCCAAAUUCGACAAGCUUGCAGUGACGAAGAAGACCAGAAAGAAGACCCGUGGCGAGCCCGGCCCCGCUGCAGUUUCAACUGCGCAAGGUCCAAAGCAGGAUUUGGAAGAGAAGACCGUUUAUAAGGUGGACCAGAACGCCCAUCGCGUCUUCUCGGCGCUCUUUCACAUUCCGGAUGAAAAAAGUAGUGUGCCCAGGAAGGUUAUACAUGGGAGGAAUUCUUGA